AUGAGCAAUAUUUCCAACGCUCGCAGGCCCGUUAUCUUCGUUGGAGGCGCAGACCCAAUCUGUGGCGAAGCUAUCCGGCUGUUUGCGAACGCAACUGAUGUGCCCAUCGUUCUCGCAGACGCCAACGAAGAUGCUCUUCGUCGAGUUGUGGCCAAGCUAGAUGGCAGAGAUGUUGCUAUCCAAAAGGUGAACAUUUUCAACCCCGAUGAGCUCCGCAACACUAUCAGCGACGCUGCCCUUGUGGUCCAGGGUGCACAGCCGUACUACAAGACUUCGGGGCCCGUUAUCGCCGCCUGCAUCGACGCAAAAGUGCCCUACCUUGACUUUUCCGAUGAUGUUACUAGCACGCUGGAGUCACUCGACCUCCACGGGCGGGCAGCGAAAGAAGGAGUUUCUUGCUUUAUCAACUGUGGUUCCGCGCCUGGUAUGACAAACUUGCUGGCAGUGGAAAUUGCUCAAGAGUUCGACAUCGUGGAGAGUAUUGAUGUUUACUGGAUGGUCAGCGAGGAGGGCGGGGAGUUAGGUAGAGAGGUUUUGGAGCACCUGAUGGAUAUCACUGGUGGACCUUGCUUGACCUGGGCUGACGGCAAGGCUGCAGUUCAUGAGAACUGGGUUGAGACCUCAUAUGCCCCUGUUAUCGAGGGUUCCAAUGACCUGUUCUACGAGAGUGUUCACCCGGAGUCAGUUACAUUGCCUCGUCGAUUCCCUAACGUGAAUCGAAUUCGGACUUCCGGCGCUCUUUACCCAAGACCCUUCAACGGCCUAGCCCGAGGGCUUGGUGCUGCCGUCAGCUCUGGUGGUCUGUCUAUGGAUGACGCUAUCUUCUUCCUUGCAGGUUUGCAAAGCAAAUCGUCUGGAAACUGGUCCGACAUGUUAACAUCAAUCACCGCGCAACUCCGGGGUGGUGAUAUUACGCUCAACCAGUUGUCUGAGCUCGCUUCACUCGGAAUUUCAUCAAUGAAACCAUGGAACUAUGCUCUGUGGGGUAUCGUUGACCAGGUCCGCAAAGGUGGAUGCACAAUUGCUGAGGUUCUUGGCUUUUUCAUUGACAACAUACGGGGCAAGCCAGCAGCGCGUCGCGGGGGCAUGCUUGUGCGCGGUGUUGGCACCCGUAACGGACACCCUGCCGUAGUCACUCGACGAACCCCUACGGUUCAUAAGGACUCCUUCCUAAAGGGAAGCAUGGCAACUUCGAUCGGAGCAUGCUGUGCAGCUUUCACGCUAUUGGCGCUUGACCUGGGGGAACAAAGACGCCCGGGCGUCUAUUGCCCAGAGGACUGGGCUAAGCCAGAGGCCUUUUUUAAGGCGUUGGAGAAACUCGGCUGCCCGCGGGAUAAGAUAAUCGAGUCGAUCUAG